AUGGAAAAAAUAAGAUGGGACAAACGGAGAAGCGAACCAAAUAGAAUUAAUAUUCUGAAAAAGAUUACUGCCGUAUUCUUCUAUGGAUGUUUAAUUGCGUAUCUGUGUUGGAUGAUCUAUGAAUUGUACCGUAGUGAAAAAACGCUUAUAUACUCAAGAACUAAUAUAGAUGGACUUCCUUCGCCAGAUAUUAUAUUCGGUUCGGAGUACAAAUUUGACACUUCAUGUUUAUUGAUACAAUAUGAUGGAAAAAUUUCACAAUCUGAAUGCCAAUCUUAUUUAAGCUCCCCUAGUUAUGAUCCCGAUAGAAAUAUGUGGAUAAAAAAAUUUGUAGCUCCAAACUUUACAUACCCUGAUCCUUCAACCCACUAUUACAAUAGAGACGUUAUUCGUAGAAUAGAUUUUGAAUUUUCUAUAAAUAGCACAUUUUAUCCAACUGACUGGGAUGCAAACAUGUGGGCAAUCCUAUUUGAUAGAGAGUCAAACGUUGUUUCUGAAAAUGGACCACAUUCAAUGUCUGUGGCAAGCGAUGUCGACUCUACAAUCUAUUCAAAUAUCUAUACUCUUGGUAAAGGUCAGCACAACGUUCUUAAAAUUGAGCGGACUAUCCAUAAGUUUAUUAUUCCAAGUGUACAAAAUUUAAUUAUUGGAAGACCUCACUUUGCAACCUUGCCUAUGUUGAGUAGUACAUAUGCCACAUACCCGCUUGUUAAUGUCAAUAGUAGUGUCUAUGCGCGGGUUUCCGUGGAGCCUUCCUCCUACAUGGUUAAUACUGAAAUAGAAAAAUCUAAUAUGACACUGCUCAAUGUAUUAAGUGCCUUAGGAGGUAUGUAUUCAUUAAUUGUGGCAUUAUAUGGACUAUUAUACGGUGAUAGAGCCAUUGAACCAUGGGGUUGGGUCCAACAUAUACAGUUAAAGUACAUAGGUUGUGGUUUUCGCAAAUUAGUUAUUGAGGAAUUAAGUCGUAUCGCUUACUGGGCUACUGAUAGAAGCAAGAAAUCUAGAGAGGAAAAAAAUGAACAAGAAAACACAAUUAAUAAGGAUAUAGAGAGCGCAGAGCAGAGCACAGUCAUUGGAGAUGAAGAAGAGAACACAAUUGGUGUCAAUAAAAAAGAGGACACUGAUGGCGAAAACGAAGAAGAAUGGACAAUAGAAAAACUCCAUUGUAAAUUUAAAAGCAUGCAAGAGGCAUUGGAGAACAUGCAAAAACAACAAGAGGCAUUGGAGAAGUUGCCAGAACGGCAAAAAGCAUUGGAGAACUUUCUGCAAGAUUACGUUGUGGAUAUGAAAUUUUAUAUUAAGCAUAAAGAUAAAGGUACGGACAGCAAUAAUUGA